CUGGAAUACCUGUUGCUGAUGAAAUCACUAUGCCAUCGGUAAACCGGAAUACAUACAUACAUUACUUUAGAUUUCCUUUUACUGACUAGUGCCCAUAACUUUAUAUUUUUUUUUUAGGUGCCGCCACCAUUAUCCCAAUCAUUGUCACCACAAUCUGAUACAUCCAUGGCCUCUCCUCAACAGCAUCAACAACAACAGCAACAAACAGUAACAGUAGACAAUAAUAUUCACAACAAUGAUUUAUUGACUCCUCCUUAUAAAGGUCAUCGUCGUCGUCGUUCUUCAUCUUUACCUUCCAUUUUUUACAGUGCAAAGAAACAGAUGGUUCAACCUGCUCUUAUGCCUCCAUUACCUGAUGUAACAUCUGCCAAUAUGUCACCUGUCAUGGCACUUCCUACUUAUCAACAACAACAGAAACAACAGAAACAACCGCAACAACCGCAACAACAACAACAACCUCCACCACCGCCACCGCCUCCAUUACAACAACGACAACAACCAUAUAAAGCACGAUUAUUACCUAUUCAAAUCCAACGUAAUCCUGUUACCCAUGCUCGUCAUCCAUCCCCUGUGGUUUUGGAUCAACAACAAUUAGAUGAAAAAUUAUUGGCUGUGAAUUUUGACGACAUCACUGUAGCAGAACUCAAGGAAAUGUUACGGGAAAGGAAUCUUUCGGUGGCUGGAAGAAAAGCAGAAUUGACGGAUCGAUUGACUAGAGAACGACAAAGAGUACAGGCGAAAAAAGAACAACAAUUACAAUAUCAUCCACUUGCACCGUCUGCAUCCACAUCAUCUACACCUUCUGCAUCAACUCAAUCUCCUAUGAACGCAUCACCACAUAUUCAACAUUUAACUCAUCGAUUAAGUGAUCUUGGAUUUCAACAACCUGCUUCUUUUCCAAAAUAUUAUCCUUCUCAACAACAGUAUCAUCAUCAACAUCUUGUCAAUACCAGUCCCAUGUCGUUAUCUCAACAACAACAACAACAGCAACAACAGCAACAACAACAACAAUUACAUACGACUUCCUCUUCACUUAAUACUCAACCUUUUUUAUCUUUGGAUCAAUGGGGUGAUGAUGAUAGUGUUAUGUCUCAGUUUUAUAGUUUCAAUCAAUAAAUCAAUAUAUAUUUUAUUUUUAUUUUUAUUUUGUAUCAUUAUUAUUACUAUUAUUAUUUUUUUUUAGUUUGCUAAUGUUUGAUUCCUAUCGUGUCUAUAUCAAGAGUCAUAGUCUUAAAUGACAA